GGGGGGGGAGCGGAAGGGGAUGCUGCCCGCCUUGAGGUCUGCGGGACCGAGUGGCCGUAGGGACUGUACUUGAAGUGUCAUAUGAGAGAGGACUCUAGUUUGUCGCUGUAUAAUAGACUUUAGUGUUUCUCCACACGAAUUCCAAGCGGAGACCUGCCCGGGCUCAGCUGCGCAUUCCGUGUGAGGCCAUCGCGGAGGCCCACUGCCCUCUGCUGGGUGGGGGGACGCAGUGCCGAGCGCCGCGAAGCAGUGCCGAGCGCCGCGGGCGGACUUUGCGAGCUGUUGCUUUAGGUGCUGUAGGUAUAGAGAUAAACUGGACAUUGGCAAGUAUAACAGAAGAUCCCUUCUGUGAAGACCUAGCACUCUAUUGGAGGAAGCAACAGGGAAAGAUGUAAUUAUGAAAUCGCCUGGGAGUGGGAGGAGUAGUAAAUCAGAUGCUCCUUUCCUGACCUGACUGAGGCAAUUUUAUUGCCUGACCUCAAAGAGAAGUGGAUGAUAGUCGGUUCCAUUCCGGGAAGAGAAACCAGCUGCAGAGAGCCGUGGAGUUGAAACCCGAAAUGGCAAAAAAUCUUUUGACGACAUCAUCUUUGUCUGUAAGGACAAAAUUACUACAUCAAACGGGAGUGUCACUUUAUAAUACAUCUCAUGGCUUCCAUGAGGAAGAAGUAAAAAAAAAACUUCAGCAGUUUCCUGGUGGAUCCAUUGACCUUCAGAAGGAAGACAGUGGCAUUGGCAUUCUUACUCUGAACAAUCCAAGUAAAAUGAAUGCCUUCUCAGGUGUUAUGAUGCUACAACUUCUGGAAAAAGUGAUUGAAUUGGAAAAUUGGACAGAGGGGAAAGGUCUCAUUGUCCGUGGGGCAAAAAAUACUUUCUCCUCAGGAUCCGAUCUGAAUGCUGUGAAAUCACUAGGGACUCCAGAGGAUGGAAUGGCCUUAUGUAUGUUCAUGCAAAACACCUUAACAAGAUUUAUGAGACUCCCUUUAAUAAGUGUUGCGCUGAUUCAAGGUUGGGCAUUGGGUGGAGGAGCAGAAUUUACUACAGCAUGUGAUUUCAGAUUAAUGACUGCAGACAGUGAGAUCAGAUUCGUCCACAAAGAGAUGGGUAUAAUACCAAGCUGGGGUGGUGCUACCCGACUAGUUGAAAUCAUUGGCAGUAGGCAGGCUCUCAAAGUGUUAAGUGGGGCCCUCAAACUGGAUUCAAAAAAAGCUUUAAACAUAGGAAUGGUUGAAGAGGUCUUGCAGUCUUCAGAUGAAACUGAAUGUCUGGGAGAGGCACAAGAGUGGCUAAAGCAGUUUAUCAGAGGGCCACCGGAAGUAAUUAGAGCUUUGAAAAGAUCUGUUUCUUCAGGCAAAGAGCUUUGUUUAGAGGAAGCAUUACAGACUGAAAAAGAUCUUGUAGGAACAGUUUGGGGUGGACCUGCAAAUAAAGAGGCUAUUGCUAGAAAGGGAAAGUUUAAUAAAUAG